UAGGUAAUAUCUAUGAAGCUACCGCGAAGGCUAUGAACUUAGAAAUGGAGAGCAAUUUGAAGAAAUGACCUUAAAUCUUAGUGUACUGACUCCUAAUAGAAUUGUUUGGGAUUCAGAAGUGGAAGAAAUCAUGUUAUCUACUAAUAGUGGUCAAAUUGGCAUAUUACCAAAUCACGCCCCUAUUGCCACAAUUAUAGAUAUAGGGAUUUUGCGAAUACGCCUUAACAACCAAUGGUUAAUGAUGGCUCUGAUAGGUGGUUUUACUAGAAUAGGCAAUAAUGAGAUCACUAUUUUAGUAAAUGAUGCGGAGAAGGGUAGUGACAUUGAUCCACAAGAAGCUCAGCAAACUCUUGAAAUAGCGGAGGCUAAUGUGAAAAAGGCUGAAGGAAGGAGAUAAAAAU